AAACACAGGAGAGAGAUCCGCCGCCGCCGGGGGGUGAAACUGAGGAGCACUGUCUCCAAAAUGGCGUGUCAGAUGGAGCUGAGCAGCAAGGCUACAAAGAGCCUAAAGUCUAGUGUGGGCAAAUCAUCUGUUAGAUGUAUUAAAACGCGUGUGACCCGCGUUGUUAAUAAGACCGGCAGAGUGAAGGCCAGGUCCACUCGGUGUGAUCCACAUGGUGAUCCACAGACCGCUGCUGCUGCUGCUGCUGCAGACACCGGACAGGUUCACACGGGAACACGGUGCACCGCCACCGGACAGUCAAACAUUGAUAGAAAUACGCACCCAAGCCCCACUGGACUUGCUGGUUCAGACGGGUCUUUGAGAAGAGCUGUAAGAGCCUCCGGCUGUGGUCUCUGUGGUGAGUGUAAAUACAUUUCCCUCCAGCAGAAGAGACUGCGUGAGCAGGGGCAAAAAAGCAGUAGCCCAGGGCCAGAGCAGCCUACGGUUGAGGUUAGGAUCAAGAAAGAAAACGCAGUCACUGAGACCUCUAAGAAGAUUAUCAUAUGGAUAAACCAGUUACCGCAAGUGACGCUUUGUGACAUAGCUCAAAGAUGUGAUGCUCUUCGUCACGAUUGUGGCUAUGUGUUACCGGAUGUUCUCAAAAGCAAGGUUGUGCAUUGCUUCAAACAGGAGAUGAGAGCUGGAUUUCAGUAUAGGCCGGGUUGUUUUGACCAUGGCCAACGAGAAAGUGAGGAGAGUGCUCUGGCUGAAAAUAGAGAGAUUUGUCCCAGAGUUAAGUCUGAGCCGUCUCAGAGUCUGACUGAACGCCAAAGACACCUGAAAGAACGCACAGAUGUACAGACGUUUUCCAGUCAUGCCACAUGUCGUUUCCUCAACAGUUGGACAAGUGAAGGCUCUGCAACCUGUUCUGCUUCUGUCUUACUAGGUGAACGUACAAAAACGGGGGAGUGCAGGACUGGCAUGUUGGACAGGGAUGUUGAGGAGGAUCCUGGGCCAGUAUCUAGUGUGGAGAUUCACAGAGACAAAAGGAUAAAGCUUGGGGAUGGCGUUAAAGAUGGGAUUUUGCCAUCCACGCCAGAUUUUGAAAGCAUCAGUUGCAAAGACCCAGCAAAAACUGACUCUUGUAACAAAGAGAAACGGACGUCUGAUGACAGUCAGUUCUGUUUAGAGCAUGCAGUUGCGGGCAGCAGCUCUUUUGACUUAGAUGUGAAAGAAAACUGUGUUCACAAGGAGAUAGACAAUCCCACAAAAACUGACGCAGCACAAAUGUCAUCAGAUCUGAACUGUGAGAGGAACGAGGUGGACACGGAUGAACUAGAGUCAUUCACCUGCCAGAGAGUGAGGGCCUACUUCAGGAAAAUAAAGUUUUCUUGUGCCCGCACAUACAUGUCCUGGCCCUUUUCUAACAGUGCCUGGAAGCUUACCACACAUGCUGGCACCACAGGCUGUCCAGCAGAGCCCAUUGAUCCAUCAGCUAGAGAUAACCCGCCAUUAGAUCACAAUCAGCCAGGCUCAACCAAUGACAUGCUCCCAGAUACACACACUUCAGGCACAACCCACCAGGUUUCUCAUCAAAAUAAAGCGAAGCGAGAAGAGAAAGAAGAAAGCGUUUUAGUAGACAUAAAUGGGAAAACACACGGUAAUGUGUCUAUGGAGUUUGCACCUAACUUUAUGGAGGCAGAAGAGUCGUUAGCCAGUCUUUCCUUGGAUACGGCGACCCUUUCCAACCCAAGUCAACAUGGAGGAGAGCCUGGCACUGACACAGUCUCCGCCUCGUCUUCGCCAGUUAACAGACCUGAAUCUGACAACUCCACAUCUACCCCUUCCCCCUCAGCACUUGGCCGGAGCGACUGGGAAACUUCCAAUGCUUUGUCUCCCAUGGCAUCUCCAUUCACACGUGGUGGUUUGAGCAGCCUCUCAGCCAUGCCAUCCUCUCUCCCACCUUUGUCGUUCCUACUGAAGAAAGUCGAAGGUGCUGAGGUGGCUGAUUCUGCAAGCGCAUCGCUAACGUCCUCUUCGCCCAAAUGUGUGGUCAAAGCUGUAGAAAAAACAUUGUUCUGCUGUGAAGAAACCCGAAUGACUCCUUGGACUUCAUCCUCUGCUCCUCCACACAACUCUGACUCCUUUGAUUCAUGCGUAUCCUCCCUCCUCCUCCCUCAAGGCGAGCAAGAGAGCGAUGAAGGACUUUUCGCAGGCAGAACCCCACCGAAACCAGAGCCAUAUUAUAAUACAAGCCCCUUUAACCAUGUAGUUGUAAAACUGCGCGACAUCCUCACAGAAAAGUGUGUAGAAAUGGACUUGAAUGAGUUUAUUCUUCCACCAAUGCUCUCUCCUGUCGCUUCGCCGCAAGGGCGCUCACAGAUAAGCCUCCCGCCCCAAAGCCCAGAUGAAGAGGAGAAGGAGGAAAUAUACACCAGAAAACGCAAGAUGUCACCUGGAUGUCACAUGCCACAAAUUGUUAAUGACGAUAAUGAAAACGCCAAGGAUUAUCUUGAACAUGGUGGUGAAGAAUUGAAAGUCGUUAAAACUACUAAUGAAGAUGAUGGCACUGAAAAGGAAAGCCAGGAUGAAACUGAUUAUUCAGAUGAUGUGGAACAGGGUAACAAAACAUCUGAAGUUCCCUCCGACCCUAAAAUAAAGGCGACCCUAACCUCAGAUGCUCUGACAGAACCCUGCUCUUCUCCCAGCAGUGACGAAGAUGAUGCUGGAGCCUUCAGUGAUGAGGGACAGCCAUGUUCUACUAGUGAAAGGGAUGAAACUGAUGCAGAGGCAGCUGGUGAUGCUCAGCGCAGCAUUUUGGAUGAGUUCACAGCUUAUGAGAAGGAUAUCCUGCUUGUUGAUGUGAUCCAGGAAGACCCAGAGCUGUUUGAAAACCUGCCCCAGGGAAGUUUGCUGAAACUGGGUCACACCAGGGUAACCGAGGCCCCUAAAAUCAGACCUAUUAGAGAGGUGAAAACGCUGUCGCCAAGGACAGAUGGAGCAUCACUGGAGUUUAAACAAAGAUUGACCUCAGUUAAUAUUGGUUUUCCCUGGGACAGUCCUGAUGCUGAUAUCAAAGAGGAGAGCGACAGCAGGUCAUGGAGACCUCACUGUAGAAGCAGCAGCAGCACCCCAUCCAAAAUGCAAAGCAACUCAUGGCCUGCUACAGAGAAACAAACCAAAAACAUGGGUCAGCCUGAUGCCAACAACAAUCAUGUAAACGGAGUCCUGGAGAGGAGCCAGCACAUCCAGACAGUGAACUCCCUGCAUAAGCACAUCUCUCCACUUAGGAGCAUAAGAAAUGGACCAUUGGUCACAAACCCAGCAAACAUGACAGAUUUCAGGCGUCAGAAGUCUAAUCCUCAAUACUGCAGGCAGUACUUCAGUGAGUCGCUGUCCUGCGGGUUCAAGAUGUGUCGCUUCCAGCAUGUUCCUGUGGAGGGGGACGAGAAGUUGUGCGUUGAAACUGUGACACGGUUCACCAAAAAUCCAAUGUGCCUUCAAAAAGCAGGAGCUGUGUUUACAGGCUACUACCAAAACAACCCACCAGGAGCGUACUUCUCCAUGCCGGUGCUUCUGUGUCUCCUCUGGGCUCUGCACAAAGCCGGCAUGGUGUCCGAUGUCUUCUCAGUCCUCAGCGUCAGCUUGGCCCACAAGAUCGUGCCUGGCCACGAAUUCCUGCUGGCGCUCUUUAACAUUGUGAGAGAAAAGGGUCUCAUGGGUGUUGUACCUGAACUCAUGCAGCUCACAUUCAAGAUGGCCAGAGCGGGCCUUGUGCUGAGUUUGGAUUGCCUCGACUGUGUAAAAAACACUCCUGAGUUCCAGGAGACCGUCAAUCCAAACUCACUUGUUUCAGUGUCUGGUAACCACAAGUUAUCCACCAGUGCACCCUUUCCAGAGUACCUGAAUUUGGCCCAUUGCAUCGUGGAAAUAGAGCUUUGUACCAAGCAAGAAGACUGGAGGCGGAUGGGGGAGGUUUUCAGGUCCAUCUGCCAAUCUAGCCAACAUCCCAACCAAGUGGAGCGAAUCAGCGGUCGCAUCGCCAUAGCGCUCCUGUCUGAGAGCAAAGACAAGCUGUCACUGCCCUUUGCUGCCUUCGCUGAGACGGUGUGUCAGAAUGACGGUGAGGAAAGCCUGAUCAGGAGUUUUUUAGGCAGAAUUGGAGUCUCUCUCAUGUUGAGAUACCACAAAACGCAUCAGUGGGGCAAGGGUCGGAGGGUGGUGGAGGUGCUGUCCAGUUCAAAAGUCAACUACUCGACACUGAAGGGUUUGUUUGGCAAUGAAGAUGGAUCAUCACGCUGCCACCUGGUAACCGUGGCGACUGAGCUCUUCCUCCUGAGUUGCAGCUUGGAGGGAGCUCUUAACACACUGCGAGAAAACAAGUGGUUCCUGAGUUCGUGCUCGUGGCCGUGUGAGCCUGCUGAUCUGGAGAGUAGGACUCGUGUGUUGAUGCGUCUGGCGGAGAAAACCUCUCACAGAGACACGCUGGAGGUCCUCUGUAACCUCCCUGGACUCAAAGAGCCAAACGACUUGGUGGAUGUCUCCAGGUAUGGUCCUCUGUUUAACUGUCACCUGCGAGUAUGCGUGGAAAGACAGAUAAUUCCUGUAGCUUCAGACACAGUCUACUUCAUGCUCUCAAAAAAGCUGUCAGUUGACCAGGCUUUGCUGCAGAUGCUUUUGAACAAACUGGGCAAGCAAAACCUCUGGCUCCGGGCACGGGAAGUCUUCAGACACUCUCUGAGUACGGGGUACUACCCAGGUGUGUCGGCUCCUCCUGGUUUCAUGGAGCUGAUCGUCCCCUGUCAACUGGGGGAGGUGGAGCUGGCUCUCACCUUGGAGAUGUUCAUCUCGGUCAACGCAACGGACAUUUUCCACCUUUCAGAGACCACCAAGUCCUGCCUCCGCAUCACUCUCAAAAGGACUCAAAGCUGUGAGAGCGAGUACCUCUCCGCCGGUAGCCGCAUCCUCUCUGCCGCUUGUAUCCCUCAGCCCAAACUCAUCAUACACUACACAGCAGUGAACUCUUCACAGGAUCAAGUAUUCACUCUCGACGUUCCCUCUGCUCGAUGCUGGCUCCGCCACAACCAUUUGUGGGCCAAUGAGGUGUGGACGCAUUGAACCAUCAUUCCCCUGCAAGUCCCCGGAAGUACUUCACUUUGAUUUCCCUUGAAACUGCGCACGUUCCAGCGACAUCAGUUGACUCUGGGAAAAAACAAUGAAAUCGGGAAAACAAACGCAUGUCAUGCGUCUGUCAUAUUUCAAUUUAACCUUUAACUAAGAAGCAGAAAAUCACAAUCAAAGACUGACGCCAGAACUUUUCAAUGUUUGUUUAUUACAAAUAAUAAGAACUUGUUUUUGUUCAAAUUUGUUUUAAAAUAUGUUGUUUUUUUUGUUAAUUGUUGUUUCCUGAGGAGUUCUUUUAGCUAGUUUGUCAUAAUUUGAUUCAUGCCACUCAGUGUUUGUGUGAUUUACUAUUUGGUAAAAAAAUAAGUCCGUUGGGGAACAGAGACCAGCAUAAUUUUGUAGGGUUGUUGUUUACAAGUGAUAGAUUUAGUUUCUAACAACAAUGUAAAUAACAUCUGAGUGUAUAUAGGUAUAUAUUUAUAAUGGUGUUAAGUCUUUGACAGUAUUAUGUUGCUGUAUUAUCUUACUGAUUGUCAAAACCUCAAUUGUUGCUUGUUCAAGAGCUGUGAUUUACUUUUUCUUUGUGUGACGUUUUUAUAAAAAAAAAUGUUCUGCUCCAAAAA